GUAGCCGAUAAGAAGAAGAGCGUGCGUGCGCUCAAUGAAUAAAAAGUAAUUCACUUUUUUUGUGUACAAAACGGAUAACAAUUAACUCGUAUCGCAAAAUAGUGUAAUCAAAACAGUGCAAUGCUUUAAAUAAAAAUACAUAUAUAUAUAUAUAUAUCUAUAAAGCAAAAGUUCAACGGCUUUCGCCCAAGUAAAAAACGCCAAGCCCAUAAGCCAAAACAAUUAAUUAAUUUGUUUAUUUGGCACAUUUAUAUCAUUGCCCGUCGCGUGUGAACGUACAAACUGUAAAAACAAAUACGAAAUAUCAUCGGAAAAGUAUAGACAACAUAUAGGAGCGAUAACUACCCAAGAUCGGCCACAGAAUGAACGACCGUGAAUUGAGCUGCAGUGCGGGCGGCCAGUUUAUGGAUCGCGGACGGAUGAAUCAGAAUGGAGUGGUCCAGCCACUGCUAACGGAUUUGUAUCAGAUAACUAUGGCCUAUGCUUAUUGGAAAUCCGAUAAGACCGAUGACACGGCGGUAUUUGAUCUAUUUUUUCGCAACAAUCCAUUCCACGGUGAAUUUACUAUUUUCGCUGGUCUCGAGGAGUGCCUCAAAUUCCUGGAUAGCUUCCAUUAUUCCCAAAGCGAUAUCGAAUACCUAAAGCAAACACUGCCCGAGGGCAUUGAGAAUGAAUUUUUCGAGUACCUUGGUAAUCUGACGGCGCGGGAUGUCACCUUGUUUGCCAUUGAUGAGGGCACGGUAGCAUUUCCACGCGUUCCCAUUAUUAAGAUCGAGGGACCUUUGAUCAUAGUCCAGCUGCUGGAAACGACUCUUCUCACCUUGGUGAAUUAUGCCAGUUUAAUGGCCACGAAUGCAGCCCGAUAUCGCAUGGUUGCUGGCAAACAUGUCAAACUAUUGGAAUUUGGAUUGCGUCGAGCCCAGGGACCCGAUGGCGGUCUAUCCGCAUCGAAAUAUUCCUACACAGGUGGUUUUGAUGGCACCUCCAAUGUCCUGGCCGGAAAACUCUUCAAUAUACCCGUCAAGGGUACCCAUGCCCAUGCUUAUAUCACUAGCUUUAGCAGCAUUGGCGAACUUAAGACCCGUCUCAUUAAGCACAAGCAAACGGGCAUUAUGGAGGAUCUGUUGGAGCAUGCUGUGAGGCAUCGGCAGAUGUUAUCCCACGUGCUGGACGUGUCCACGGAGGAGUCCAGCGAGGGUGAACUGGCGGCGAUGGUGUCCUAUGCCAUUGCAUUCCCUGAUGGAUUUAUGGCACUUGUCGAUACGUACGAUGUUAAGAGCCGAGAAACAGAACAUGCCAGCUUAGAACCCAAGCUUAUCAAUGAUAUCAAGUCUGAUAACAGUCUGCCAAAGCAAAAGCCAUCGGCAAAUGGCCAUCAAAAUGGUCAGAGUAAUGGCAAAAUAAAUGGACACAAGACCAAUGGCCAUCAGAAUGGUAUUAUUGUUCAGAGUAAAGAUACAAAGAUACAAGAUACAAAGGCCAAUACACCGGCAACAACAACAGCUGCAACUGCAACUGCAACAGCAACAGCAAAGACAACAACAACAACAACAGCCACAACAACGUCCAAUGGGACGGCAUACCUACCAAAAUAUGUCGAGAAGUCAUUCAGGAGCGGUCUUCUCAAUUUCAGUGCCGUGGCCUUGGCCCUCAACGAUUUGGGCUAUCGCCUGGGCAUUCGAAUUGAUUCGGGAGAUUUGGCAUAUCUAUCCUGCUUGGCUCGGGAAACCUUCGAGAAGGUGGCAGAACGCUUCAAGGUGCCAUGGUUCAAUAAGCUGACCAUUGUGGCAUCAAAUGAUAUCAACGAGGACACCAUAUUGAGUCUCAAUGAGCAGGGACACAAGAUUGAUUGCUUUGGCAUUGGCACUCAUUUGGUUACCUGCCAGCGUCAGCCUGCUUUGGGCUGUGUCUACAAGCUGGUGGAAAUCAAUGGCCAGCCGAGAAUUAAGCUUAGUCAGGAUGUGGAAAAGGUGACAAUGCCGGGCAAUAAGAAUGCCUAUCGAUUGUACAGUGCCGAUGGUCAUGCCCUCAUCGAUCUCCUGCAAAAGGUCUCCGAGCCUCCGCCAGCUGUGGGCCAGAAGGUGCUGUGCCGUCAUCCUUUCCAGGAGUCGAAGCGAGCCUAUGUGAUACCCUCGCAUGUGGAAUCAUUGUACAAGGUGUACUGGAAGGCGGGCAAGAUAUGCCAGCAGCUGCCGACCCUGGAACAGGUUCGCGAGAAGGUGCAAAUCUCGUUGAAGACGCUGAGGAACGAUCACAAGCGCACACUUAACCCAACGCCCUACAAGGUUGCCGUCAGCGAUAAUCUGUACAACUUUAUACAUGAUCUGUGGCUGCAGAAUGCUCCCAUUGGCGAGCUCUCAUGAUCUAUAUAAGGAGGAGAUCCUCAAGAUCUACAUAUAUACAAACAUAUAUAUAUAUAUAUAUAUAUAUAUACAAAUGAUGCGCGAUAACAUUUCCGAGAUAUUUACUUUUUUUAUCAGGUGUACAAUUUUCUUUGUUUUGUCCCAUGGUCCCUUUGGAAUCGUGGUUGGAUUUUUAAUUAGUCAUUUGCUGGUCAAUAUGCAUCUGUAGAAUUUUGCUUCCCUUAUCGGAAAAAUGGAGCACAAAUUCCCCAAAAACUUGCGAGUGAAUUUCUAUAUCUAAAAAAAAAAAAUUGUGUAGUCAAUAGUUUUAAUGUGUUAUAUCUAAUAUUUACCUACUUACUUACUUACUUACUUAUUAUUAUAUAAAACGCACAUCAUAUUCAGGAAUGUGUCAUGUGCCUUACUAAACGAAACGGAAACGGAAACAGAAACGGAAGCAGCAGCUAAGCAGAAACCUAAGCAGAAUACCAAGUAACUAAGAUCAACCAAAAACACAAAGAAUACAAAGAAAUCAAGUUGUAUUUAAGAUUUUUCCUAGUACUUAAGUGUUAAAAUGAAUGGAAACGUAACGAAAGUUAGAAGUACAAAUGCUUUUUAGGACAUUUUUGCAUGCAAACUAGGGCACACACACACACAUCAAGCACACACUUAAUUAUAUAUUAUAUAUACUUAAUUAUACAUACUACGAUUAUGUAUCUAACGAAAUUCAAUUGUAAAUAUGUUCAACUUGAUAAUUGUAAGGCAAUUAAGCAAUACACAAAACACACACACCGCCACCAACUCUAAAUGGCCCCGCUUCUUAAAAUGUUUGCCUGUAAUUUUGAUCGAAAAUAAAAACAAAAAAAAAAAA